AUGUCCAACGCCAAAGCAUGGCAACUUGGCAUACGAUCAACCCCCUUCUUCGGACCCGUCUCAGAAAUGCGUCAAAGCUCUUCGUUAUGGUCAUGUAGACAGCAAGACGUUCAUCAGCUAAUUGGUUGCUACAGUCCACAAUCACAGUUGACGCCACGUGAUGACGUUGGCUCCUUGGGGUUUUGCCCAUUCACUCAAAUGUUUUCAAACACGAUCGACAGUAGCUCGGCUGAGUGCACUAGACCAACACGGUCAAAAUAUAACCUCCCAAUCGCUCUCCCUACUUUACCUAGAGAUGGGUCGCUUGGCAGCAGGAAAGUGGGCCGGCCUCCCGCAUCGUCUCGAGCAUUGGUCGUCGACAACGUACCCUGCAACACAUACAAUUCUUCUUCUUCAGAAAGCCAGAGAACUGAAAGUAGUUUUGGAGCUAUUGGCGACCAUCUCUCAAGCAAAGGCAAAGUAGCAAACGCGUUAGACACUCCAGGAGACGGCGUUAGCCUACCUUUCUACCAAACUUACGAGUCAAAUAUCAGCAGGCUGGUUCAAAAUUCUGAGCCAGAUCGGCUGAGCGGUAGUGUGACCCACGUAGACACUGCUAUAAGCAGAAAUCAGGUAAACGACAUAAUUCGGAUAGAGCCUUCGCAGAAAAAUGUACUAGAGUUCUUAGACUCGAUUGCAGAACACUGCCAAUCACCCCAGAGCAUACAGAAUGAUCAUCAUAAGUCAAUUCCCGCGACCCCAAUACCUAUACCUGAGGUCUGGGUGAGACAAGGGCCAUCCUACUGUGCAAAAACGCAGCUUGCAAUGGGGCACGAAUUGAGUCGCUCUAAAGAUGGUGAACAUGACCCUGCGACAUUCGCUCUUCCGUACAAUUCUCUGGUUUACAUGAUGAAGGCUCCUAACGUCACAAUUUUGAGACACUCUGUGAAAGACGGCGUUUGGACAAACAAGCAAGGCGCAAACAGAGUGCUUCAAAGUGCAUGGGAAAAGCGAGGCUGUGAUGAGAAAAUCUUACUACUUUUCUCCAUCACCCAUGGUAAACAUAAUGGGCAAUUUUGCGGAAUGGCAGAGAUGGUCGGUCCCUACGAACCACACGCUGAAGCCCCACUGUGGGCUGAGAGGCAUAAAGACGUCAGAGGCAGGAUCAGUAUUCGCUGGCUGGUAACCAAAGACGUGCCAUUCACUGCAUUCGAUGACUUGAAAUAUCACGGGCAAGCAGUGACACAAUUAAGGCACGCGAACACGAUACCUGGUGAGACAGGUCGCGCAACGGUGCAGCGUUACUUCACAGCAGCCCAUACGGAUACAGCAAUCCUCCAUCCGGCAUCUCGAGAUGUUGGUCUCAAUCGUCCGAACUACCAUCAACCCUUCGAUCAGAAGCAACGUUUUGGCUACCAUCAUUCCAGGCCACAUCCACCCCGUUGGAGUGUCACACACCCUUCGGUGGCCCACAGCUCGGGCGUUCAACAAAUAUCGGCACAACACACCGGACUGCAAAAUUCAAUUCAAUAUUCCACUCAGCCUUACCCUCAACGACCGAAUUAUUACCGAGCCCAGCCACCUCUUUGGGGCGGGCAGUAUAGGUACUCGCAAUACCUUGGGCAAAUGGUAGAAGCUAAAGGCGGUGCUGCUAUCAUGCGGCAAUAUAUGGCGCUGAUCAAGCGAAGGGCCACAGGUCAACUCAAGGGAUUCAUGUAUGAGAGAUGCUUGACGUUUGUGUUCGAGGAGACCAACUUCCUAGGCUCGCUCCUUUCUAGUAGUUGA